UUGAAGGAUGUUUGCUAGAUUGGUUCGUAAAAUACCUGUGCAGAGACUUGUGCGAUGCAUCCAUGAAGAGGCAGCGCAAGAAGCCGCUCCCAAGAUGUUUGGUGGAAAGCACGCGAGAGAGUCGUGGGAACUCCCCACAUAUAUCUUUUUGGCCGGUGGUAUGGUGAUGGGAGCGAUUGGUCUCUGGGCUCAGAAGAACACCUCAAUCACUACAUGGGCCAGAGAGAAGGCGUCCAAGAGACUUGAAAAUUAAGUUUACAGAAGGCAGAGCGAAAUCAAUAUUGUAUAAAGGAACGAUAAAGUAUCAAC